CGAAGUUUAAUUUUGAUGUCUCCAGCCCAGCAGACGUUGUUAGUGAUCAGUGGAAUAGUGGUACGAACCAAACUGAAACACUAACCAGAGUUAGAUCUAGAUUCUAGGUCUAGAUUUAAUCUAUAUGACAUCUUAUCUAGAGAUUUCUAAUCUAGAUAUAUAGAUCUAGAUCUAAUUGCUUGAUUUUUUCUCAUUUGUCACUCGCAAUGGUUUUAAUACCUACCCCUGAUAGUUCUACUAAACAGUUCCAAGAAAACAAGAUGUCUCACUGGCUUCACUGUAAUAGGUGCUUGAGCCCGCCAGUAACCAACCUGAAAUUUUAUUUGACCAAUUGCAGCCACAUUUUCUGUGAAAAAUGUGUGAUGGAGUGCACUAAGGAAAAGUGCAAGGUUUGUGGAUCUAUUUGCAAGACGAUGUUAUUAAAUAACAAGGUUAGUCAAGAAAUAGAAAGUCUUUUCCAUGAGCCAAUGGAAGUUUUUAAAAGGAGCAUGAAAAAAGUUGAACAGAAUUUAGAAUUUCAAAAAAAUCACCAAAAGAGACUUUUUAAACAGAUGAGGGCACGGCUGAAAGCAAUGGAGUCUCAACUUGCAGCUUAUCACAAUGCAUAUGCACAGUCUCAGGUCAAAGAUAGGGAACUAAUUAGACUCAAGUCCGAAAAUGAAUAUCUCAAAUUGCUUUUAUCUAAAAAGGACUCGCAUACCAGGUAUGAGUAUAUCAGGUGCAAAAAUGGAAUUUCACCAAGAAAUUUUGAUGUUUCUCCUACAACAAUGCCUCAUGAUAUGACUCAGCACUGUGCACACAGUUCAUUAAACAAGCCCCUCUCUAGUUUCAGUUAUAGAACUCCACCACAAGCAGUAAUUCAUAGUGCCACUUGCAGUCCUAUUGAGUUUGGCACCACUGUAUACCCAAUGAGUAUUCCCAGGCCUAUUGCAUUUCCCAAGAGUGGAUAAAGAAGCUGGAAUCAACUCUGACAAACAAUUCGUUUUUAAUCUUGGUAUUUAUUUGUUGGUUUACUUGUUGGAGUUAGAUUUUUGGAACAAUUAUUAGGUAACUGAUAAGUUAUAAUUACUUUUGUUUGCAUUUGACUAAAGGUGUUAACAGGUUUGUUGUUGUUGUUUAAACAUACAGGUUUCAUUGUUAAGACUUAAUUAGCCCAUAAAGAGACUUAAUAAGCCCCCUUGUUUUAUUUCUUACUUACAUGUAAUGUUUUGAUUUCUGUUUAAUAAAGUUUAGUAAAAUAAUGAGUGGUUCUUUGUCAUUGCCCCAUCCUCUUUGCUAUUGAAUUGUCUAAAUAUUUUGUAAAACGUGAAUCCUGAAUCUUAAACUCUGUCUUGUUUAGCUUAUUUUCUGUUCAUAUGUUGAUCUAGUUAUAGACUUGUUGAUGUUGGCAUUCAAUUUAUAAUUUCUUUCAUGUAAUGUUUUGUUUCUAUUGCAUAAAGCUUGAAAUAUUAAAGAGCAGUAAUAUAUCUAAA